AUGAAUUUGAAUACAAUAGCAAUAUUUUUAUUAUGGUGUUUGUAUGUGGAUGGCGACGAUCACACUGAUGCUAUGAAGACAAUGAGUUACACUUUCAGUAGAAAAUUGUACGAAUGCAACAAAAGAUGGCCUUUAAGAGAGGAUAUAAUUAACGACUUUCUGCAUUUCUGGCAAUUAAAUAACGUGCUCAACAAGAGAGCUAUUGGGUGCGCAAUGGUUUGUAUAGCAGCGAAGUUGCAUUUUGUCGACUCUGAUGGGAAUUUUCUGGCUGAAAACGCUCAGGGUUUUGCCAUAGCCAGUGGCGCUGGUAAUUAUUUUUGA